CCAGUUUAAUUUACCCUCAAACAAAAGCUUCUUUCAAAAUGCCUCAGUUAUGGAAUGGUUGGAUAAUUUUGCCUGUUUUAGCUGUUGCUGUUAUAGGAACUUUGGUGUGGAAGAAGAAAAGACGAGUGUAUGAGAAAGUGGGAUAUGUCAGUAAAAUGUUCUUUUUCCCCGUCAAGUCUAUCAAAGGCUAUGAAGUGACAGAAGGAAAAUGUACAAAAUUUGGUCUAGAAGUUAACGGUCUUUUAGAACGCUCAUUUAUGCUGAUCGAUGAAAAUAAUGUUCUUUUAUCACAACGUCAAGCCCCAAAGCUUGCUCUUCUUGCUCCACAGAUUAUUGACUCAAAGCUUAUAAUAUCUGGUCCUGAUGUUGAUCCUCUUACUGUUGAUAUAGAAUCUUCACCUAAACCUGGGGACAAAAUUAUUGAAUGCCAAUUGCAUUCAGAUGUUGUUCAUGUGAUUGAUUGUGGAGACAAAGUUGCAAAGUGGUUUCAACAAUAUCUAAAAAGGCCUAAUAUACGCUUAGUUCGUUUCUUUCCAGAAAAUCCAAAACGAAAUUAUGUCCAGAAUCACCCUUUUUACUUGAAUCUGAGGCGCAAGAAUCCAAUUUCCCUUCAAGAUCUAUCUGCGUUUCAUGUUAUGUCACAAGCUUCUAUUGAUGAUUUAAAUUUAAGAAUUGGAGAAAAGAAAAUAUCAGUAUGGAAUUUUCGCCCAAGUGUUUUGGUAGAUGGCUGUGCUCCCUAUGCUGAGGAUUCUUGGGAACACAUGAGAACAGGAAAGGAAGCAGAGAUGGUAAAUGUGUUGCCUAUUACACGCUGCCUCUUGACAACAGUUGAUCCUGAAACUGGGAUACUAACUAGUAAAGAACCAUUAGUAACUCUGAGAAAAUACAGGAUUCCCAAAGAUCCAGAAAUGGUAAAGAAAACUGGAUCAAUACCCUGUUUGGGUAGUGCCUGUUUCAUCUUGAAAACCGGCACUAUACGAGUAAAUGAUGAAAUACAUGCAACAGUCACUCAACCAUUUACAACUAUUCAAAAAUAAGAUCUUAAAAUUUCUAAUACAGCAUUUUUUAUGAUAAUAAUUUUUGACUUUUGUAUUAUCUAUGUCAUAGAAAUUGCUCAAUAUAUUUUUAUGCUUAGCUUUGUAGCAUUUUAUAAUUACUUUUGAUGCAAAAACAUAUUGCUUAAUUUUAAAUUUAACAAAUAAAAAAUAUUUUAGUAUUUGAAAAGAAAAUAUUUUGCAUUUACAGACAUUUUACUGUUAUGAUUUUUUGUAUCUUAGUAAAGUGCCUUAGUAUAUGACGUAGGUGAAAUUGAUUAUGUAUUGAUGACAUAGGUGAAAAUACUUAUUGCAUUUAAAUUUCCGGAGGUUUUAAUUUUUGGGAUGAGAUUUAAAAAAAAAUUUUUUUUGCAUUCUUCAAUUACUAGAAAAUAAUUUUCAGUUACGCUUAUGUCAAACACAUUGUGUUUAAACCACGCUUUUAAAAAAAGACACCCACAAUAUUGAAAAAGUCAAGGGGUGUGUGACUUGUAUCAGUGGAAAAUUAUAUUUUAACGUUCAUAAUUUUGUAUUGUAUUGGGAGUGCAGAUGAGUUUCCGCUGUUUUCUAUCAAAAAUUAGCAGUUUAUUGUGUAAAAACGGUACAUUAAUUUUUAUUCAAAGUAUUCUUUGUGACUAGACACUACCUUUCCUCAUCUUUCGGGGAGCAUUAGGAUACCACGUCGGAGGAAAUAAUCUUCUGAGGAUAUCCACGGAUUGACCCAUUUCUUGGUUUCUUCAAAUUAUGUAAAUUUCUGCUCAGACAGAUCAUGAGCCAUGGGUUAUAAUCUGAAGGGGCAAAGUCUGGUGAAUACGGCAGGUGGGGUAGGACUUCCCACUGAAGUUUUCCCAAAUAGCAAAAUUGACAUACAAUGUUUCUUGACUUUAGUUCGUAUGGAAUCAAACUUCCUUGUUUUUGAAUCAUUCCCAACGAUUUUAAACGAUGUUUAAUUUCUUGCUGAGUCACUUGUAAUGUAGGAGCAAGCUCUUUUACGUUUGGGAUGAAUCUUCUUCCAAUAAUUUUUCCAAUUCUUUGUCUUCCACUUCAAACUUGCCGUUUUCAAAUUUCUGAAACCACUCAAGGCAACUUCUCUCACUUAAAGAAAACUCACCAUAUGCUUCUCCAAGCAAUCAAUGGGUCUCAGCUGCAGAUUUCUUCAAAUUAAAGAAGUAAAUCAAAAGUUGGCUCAAAACUUUUCAUUUUUGCACGAAAACAAUUAUAUAAUGCUAUUAUGGAAACACUAAUAUUUUAAGGUUAUGUUGUUACGAGAUGAACAAACUUACAAUAGAACGUUUAACACUAGUCAAUUUCUAUAUAACCAUCUGGUAGUGCCAUCUUGUGAUGAACGGCGGGAACUUAUUUGUACACCGAAAAACUUAUUAGAAUUUUUGUUUUUUUGAUAAUGAUGUGCCAUAAUGAUUUCCUUCAUAGUCAGAAUCUAAAUAUAAUCUUAGUCCAUCAAAUAGUUUCGGAUAUCUAUUAUAGUUAGGGGAAAGACUUAACAAAUUCUCUUAAAUCUUAACUGAAAGUUAUUUCUAGCAACUAAAGUAUAUAAAUAAAUAUGUGGUUUUUAAUUUAAAAGAAAAAGUAAGAAUUAGUGAUAAAAAUGCAUUUUCUUAUAUUUGUAAUGGCAAUACAUUUGCUUACUAUGUUUAUAAUGUCUCAUAAAUUAGAACUAUUUGGAGUACAGGUCCUUUUAAAAUUAUAUUUUAUGUUGCUUCUUCUUCGGCACUACAGCCUGGGACUGGCCAAGGCUGCCUCAAUAAGUUUUGGCCAUUUUGCCCUGUUGGUCAUCGUUGUUCUCCAUCUUCCAGCACCAAUUACAUGGAAAUCUUUUUUAACUCUGGUCAUCAAACUAAUUAGUGAUAAGCCUCUCUUACGGGCUCAAUCUGGUUUCGAAAAAACCUCUUUCUUGGUAGGUUUGUUGGCAUCCUAUCUGUAGAGAUGUUUUAACCAUUUGUAAAUUUAUUGUGGGUAUAAGUAUUCUUAAACCUAAAAAUAGCAGCAUACAUAACUUUAUUUCAGUAUUUGUAUUUUUAAAUAAUACUUAUGUUUAAAUAUCUUUUUAAAAACAUUUCAUGGAAUAUAUAGUAUAUUUUAGUAUGUUUAGUUAUGUGAAAACAGAACAAAUAUACAUGUUCUAAAUAUCUUGUUGACCAAACUUUAUUGAAUUUUUAAAUUUUAUUAAGAAAAAUAGGGGCAUUUUUUAAAUCAAUAUUAUCUGUAGGCAAAACAAUUUAAUUAUAAAAAUAUUUAUACUAUUAGUUAAAUGCUGAUAAUUUGCUGUUUAAAAAAGAUCUAAUUUUUAAACCUUUCCUUCUUUAGCUUUUUUUUUCCUUUCUGUAAUUCAUUAGAGUAAAUAUUUCUCAAUAUUUCCACCAAAGUUUGUAAUAAUAAAUAAUCUUUUGUAUCAGAUAUUAAUCUUCUAAAUUCUUUGCUUUAUUUAACAAUAUUAAAUGUAUAUACUCUGACAGUAUUUAGGGUAUAUGAAAUGGUAGUUGGAUAAUCAUUUGGGUAUCAAAAGAUCGUUGUUCAAUAAAAUUUUUAUAAAAUGAUAACAAUUUGCAUCAACAAUCAAAUCUGGCUUUUGGUUGACUCAACAUUUGUAAAAUAUCAGGAAAUAAUAAAAGUGUAGAAUUUCUCAACCUAAAUAAAAUAAUAAUUAUUGAGAACUUCUCAACUUCAACUCCCUGACCCUGCUCAUUAUUAUAAAGUUUGCUAUUGUCAAAUAAAAGUCUGUUGUAUUUCCUAAUAAAACAAAAUAUUUUGUUAUGCUUGUUGUUAUAAUAUAUUUAUUAUGUGAUAAAUUUCUAUGCUUUAUAUUAUAAUCAUAUUAUAUCAUAUAAUCAUAUUAUAAUCAUAGAAAAUACCUAUUCUAUUAUUAGUUUAAGUAUUACUAAUAAUUUGAGCUGAAAAAAAAAUCUAGUUUUAAACCUUGCCUUCUAAAGCUUUUUUCCCCCCCUGUAAUUUAUUAGUGUAAAGAUUUCUCAAUAUUUCCACCAAAUUUUGUUUUUAAUAAUAAAUAAUCUUUUAUAUCAGAUAUUAAUCUUCUAAUUGCUUUAUUUAACAAUAUUAAAUAAAGUUUAUUUUCUGAAGAAUUUAUAUGAAACGAUUGUCUUCCAUUCUGACAGUAUUUAGAGUAUAUGAAAUGAUAGUUGAAUAAUCAUUUGUAUCAAAAGAUUGUUGUUCAAUAAUAUUUUUGUAAAAUGAUAUGGAUUUGCAUCAACAAUCAAAUCUAGCACUGGUUGACUCAACAUUUGUAAAAUACCAGGAAAUAAUAAAAGUUUAGAAUUUCUCAACCUAAAUAAAAGAAUAGUAGUUGAGAACUUCUCAACUUCAACUCCAUGACCCUGCUCAUUGUUAUGAAAUUUUCUAUUGUCAAAUAAAAGUUUGUUGUACUUACUAUAAUAAUGAAACAAAAUAUUUUGUUAUGCUUGUUGUUAUAUUACGUGAUAAAUUUCUAUGCUUUUGUUAUCCUGCAAUUUAUUUAAAAACUAUUAGUUCUGUAAGUUAAAGCUUCUAUUUACAGAACUUAUAGUUUUUACUUAUUUCAGUAGUUUUCUAAAUAAUGUAUUUUUUAUAUUACUUUAUAAUUGUUUUGAUAUUGUUAGUUAUUUUCACAUAAUUUUUUUAUUGAAAUAAUAUUUUUUAUGAAAGUUAUUUAUGUUUUGUUUGUACAGGGUAUUCAAAUGGUGUGAAAACAGUCAAAUAUCUCAAGUAUGCAUGGGAUCUAAAACUGAAAUUACGCUUAAGAGAUGCAUUCAAUGAUUCCGAAUUCUACAAGGGGGGUAGGGCAACUUAAAAAUUUUUUGGAGGGAAAUUUUUUUUGUCAGAUUUGGAUUUGAAAGAAAAAAUUAUCCUAAUUUGACCUUCAGGUUUUUGCAUUUCAGUUCACAAAUGGCAAACAAAUUGUACUAUGUAAAUGAAGUACAAAUAGUUCAAAAUUUUAAGAGGGAACUCUCAUUUUGUUUUUCAAGGAUUUGUAUUCUCCAGAAAAAAUUAUCCUAAUUUGACCUACAGGUUCUUUUGCCCUUUGGUUCAUAAAUGGCGAUGAAGUUGCAUAAUGAAAAUGUGAUACAAAAUGUUUAAAAUUGACACUGAGAUGCCGUUGCGUUUUUUUUUACUACAUUUUUUAGAGUCAUAUAUUUAAAUAGAGGUUAAAGAUAUUGUCAUUUGUUCGAUGACCUAUUGCCAUCAUUCAGUGAGCUUCAUAAUUCUCCGUUCAUAGAAGGCCCUGUCUCUGUUUGUGAGAAAUUUAACAAUGUGCUGAAUUACAGUAUCAUUUCAAUUUAGCGUUAUUCCACCCAAGGAGUUUUUAAAAAAGUUAAAUAAGUGUAAGCCUGACGGCAUAAGGUCAGGUGAGUAUGCUUGGUAGGGCAAUACAUCCUAGUUUCAAUGACUUUUGGUGAGUCGCCAAAUAUGUGUGUGAUCUCGCGUUGUGAUGGAACGCUUUACAAUUGAGGAGCUCCGGAUGUUUCUGGAUGACAGGUUCGUUUAAACUGUUCAAUUGCCUACAGUACGCAUCCGAAUUAAUUAUUCUAAUACUACACCUAAUACAUAAUAUUCUAAUACCACAACAAUGAAAGCAUGAUCUGCUUUUGAUGUAGCGAAUCAUCUCUUUUAAAAAUUAGCUUGUCACCAUUAGUUAUCAUUCCUUUAAAAAAAAAAGGAUAGUUUUCUUCUGGUUUCAUGAGCAUAUUACUGAUGCUGAUUCGUCCUAUUAAAUAAACUUCUUUGAGUUCACAAGGAACCCAAAUAUCGAGCUUUGUUUGCUUUUCUUUAGGUGGACACACAAUAAAUUUUGUGACUGAACUCUAUCUCUUGUGUCGGGUAACAUGGGUUUGACUGGAUCAAUGUCUUUACUUUGUCAUCAUCAAUCUAACAAGGUCUUUCUGAUUGAGGAGCAUCUUUAAAAUCAAAAUGUGCAGAAUUUCUUGAACCCGUUUUGACACUGAUGUUCUUGAAGAGCAUCGUCACCAUAAACUUUGUGCAAUUUUUCACAAGCGUGGCGUGCGUUUUAUUUUUAACGGAAAUAAAAUUAAAGAAUAUAAAAAAAUGAACACUUUAGUGUCGUAUCUCCAAAAAUCAUAGAAAUAUCUCAAUUUUUAUCUUUACAAUGAAGUUUAAACUAUCAGAUAUCAAUAAUGUAACAACUACUAUUGCAAUUGCUUGAAGUAUUUCUGAAACUUCACUGCCUCUAUCUGUUACUAAGAAACACAAUGACUUUUUACUCAACCCAAUAUUUCUCAAGAUAUCUCUAUGUUAAACAAUUUGUAUGCCAGUUUCAUUUUUGAUUGCAGUGCCAUCUGUGAACGAAAAAAAAUCCUGUGUGUCACAUUGAGGUACGAUUUUUCUGUAUUAUCCAAAUAUACAAAAAGAAAUGUUUUCUAUUAAGCAUUUGAUGUUGUCUCCGUCCCAACUGUUAAGGAAAAAGAAUAGAGGGGAUAUUUGGUAUCAUUUAUGCAUUAUUUUGAUAUAUUUGACAUUUUGGAAAUCCUGUAGAUAUAAUCAGUUUUAUACUGAUGCAUUUUCACUUAAUUUGCUUUUUUUGUUUUGUUUGGAUUGUACUCUUUGUAAAUAAAAUAGGCAUCUCAAUGUUAUGCUAUAUCCCAAUUCUCUACACUUUCCACCUCUCUAUAACUGUGGUUUUGCAGAAUCUUGUUUUUUCCCCUGGUAACAGUUGUAACUUUUUGCUGGAACCUACUAUGAAGAAAAAGCAAGACUAACCGAAAUUACGGUAAUGGAGAGUAGAGAAAUUGUGGUAACUUGUGGCGUCUAUUCUAUUUAGGAAGCUCAUAAUUUUUCUCGUAUAAAUUUUAGUUUUAUUUUAUAAAUAUAAUGAUAUUUAUCUCCUAAUUGUUGUAUGGACCAAAGAAUAAGCUGUAAAAAUCUAUUACUGAGAAAUGUUAACAUACAUUAGUGAAAACAAUUGAUGGGAUAAUGUUUUUUUUUUUGCUAUAAAAACUAACAAAGAAAAUCAAACUAUACCUGGCCAAAAUAUGGGGAAACAAAAAUGGGUCUAAUCUGUACUCUAAAUAAGGAAAAUGGUCACUGACAGACACUCUGUUAGCCAGAGAAAAACUUGUCUAAUAGAGUGUAUGAUCACCCCUAAUAGUUACACAACUCGAGCAUUGACAUUUUGUGCUGUUUACCUAGCCUCUUGUCAAUCCCAGUGGCAACCACAACCAAUCUUGCACCAAGGUACCCUUGAGCUAAUCGAUGGUCAUUGGAACUGGUCUUUGAGCUGCAAUUCAACGAGCAAGGCGUCCCAUUUGUGUUUGAUGGGAUUAAGGUCAGGGUACAUCGCAGGCCACUUCAAUCUUUGACUGUUCUCCGAUUGUAGGUAUUCGUCCACGAACUGAGCCCUGCUUGGACAGGUGUUAUCGUCCAUUAAGAUGACAUGUGCUCUGCGGAAAAGUCUCACAUAGGGUGCAAGGAUUCCGUCCUUGUACUGCUGACCUGUCUGGUAUCUGAUCGAACACGAAGGUUGAUAUGCCCAUCUGCCACAAUGCCUGCUCAGACCACCUUGACUAUAGGGGUCUUUUUCGCCUAUGUCAGCUGAUAUCAACUCCUAGAUGUUAGGGACUAGGUUCUCUCCAGAUGAGAACAUGUCUCGAGUGGCUGUUCAGACUGAAUUGCAUCUCACCAUCCUCUGUGCAAGACAGGUGCUCUCGACACCACCUUGUCUUUUUUGAGGGCUCACAGUCAAAGGAAUGCUGACUACAGGGCACCUGCAUUAAGUUUCUAGGCGGCUGGUAUCCAUGAAAUGUAUGUUCCUGUUGUAUUUACACUGCAAGCAGGUUGCAUUACAUUGUAAACAGGUUGUAAGACGCCUGCGUCUGUGUCGUGGAUCGAAACCUUUUGGACAGAAGUCUAGAGCUGGCGUUGCUCUUUUGCGGUCUUGACCAGGUUAAUAGGCCACUGUUUCUGUCUCUGUGAACUGUUCCAUUUCUCGAAGCCCUGUGGUCUCUGCAACAGAUAGCUUAUGACUAGCCAGUCUCAAGUCUUCCAACUAUUCACCAUCUUGUGGCAUCAUCUGGACAAUGACCACUGGCCAUAGUAACAAUGGGUAAACAAAGAAAUAAAAAAAAAGAUUAGGCUAAGCCUUUUCAAACGUCCUUACACUACAAGAUUCUGCUAGCAAAUAAAGUAUUAUACACAGACACAAUCACAGCGUCACUGCUCUUUGACCUCAAAGGGCAGAGGUGUCCUUGAAAAGUUUAGCUAUUAUCUGAUGCCUUGUUUGCGUAUAGCCAUUACUUAUUUUGUUUAUUUUCUUCUUUUUUUAAAAAAAAACUUUUCCUCUCUUUUGUUUUCAUCAGUGUAUAAUAGUUGUUAAAUGAAUAAAUAAAAAUGUUAUUUGUUCAAUAAAUGAGUGUUCUUGUUA